CUGCAGCAUUCUUGCAGAGCAGCCUAAACACGACUCUCAGCAGAUAGACAGAGAGAAGACACUGAAGACACAUUGGAUAGGAGAUAAAGAGAGGAAGACAGAAAUAGAGUGAGAAGAAAGGGAGAGAGAGAAAGACAGCACCUCCAGAGUGACAGCGGACAAGGAGCCCGAGGGAAAAGAGAGACUGCUGGACGAGACACACCCCCCGACAGAUACGCCAACAAACACAGACACGUGUGUCAGUCUGUUUUUGACGCGCACCAGAGGAUUCCAGGGGUUCCUGGUGUGUGUGUGUUUGAGGGGUUGAGGGUGUGUGUGUGUAGUGUUGAUGGGACAGUAAGAGAUGUGUGUAUCUCAGUAUCAGAGGGGCAGUAGCCCCCCUGCCCACCUCCUCCUCCCUCUGUUCCUCCUCUCCUGCUCUCAUCUACUCGCUCAUGGAGCCAUCCAGAUCCCCCAAAACUUGUUACAGCCUCCUACUCUGACAAAGAUGCCUGAGUCCUUAACGGCCUUUUCAUUAGACGAUAUCAUGCUGCUCUGCGAGGCCACUGGCAUCCCCACACCCAGUUUCCGCUGGGUAAAGGAUGGUAAGAAGUUGAACUGGAUGGGACAUAGUGGUUCUGGGAAUUUCACAGCCCAUGGCGACAAGCCGCUCAGCGAUUACCAAGGACACUACCGUUGCUACGCCGACAACACCCUGGGAACAGCCAUGACACACACCGUCAAACUCAUCACUGAAUCGACACCGACCCUCCCUAAGCAGAAGAGAUCACAUAAAACGGCAGAGGAAGGAGCUAGUGUUGUUCUCCACUGCAACCCUCCCAGGAGCUCCACCAUCCCCCACAUACACUGGAUGGACAAGAAACUGCUCCAUAUAGGUCAGAGUGAGCGUGUGACGACAGGUCUGGAUGGGAACUUGUACUUUGCCAAUGUGUUGAAGAACGACAGUCGAGAUGACUACACUUGUAAUGCUCAAUACAUCUCUGCGAGGACCAUCCUGCCUAAAGAACCCAUCUCACUCACUGUCACACCUAGUAAUGACGUGGCUCGUGGCAGGAAGCCCCAGCUGAUGCAACCUCAGGGCCCCCACAGCUCUCACCUGGCCCUCAGGGGCCACAGCCUGGUACUGGAGUGUAUACCUAAAGGGCUUCCUACUCCUUCGGUAUUGUGGAAACAUAUGGAUGUUAAUCUGUUGGAGGCAGGAGCCUGGACAGAUAACCACGGCAGGUGGCUUCGGUUUGACAGCAUAACCCAGAAGGCAGACGGAGAGUAUGAGUGUCUGGCUUCAAACACACAUGGAUCCGUCACACACUCCUACACUGUCACUGUGGAAGCUGAGCCGUACUGGGUAAAGGAGCCCCCGUCACUGUUGUACUCCCCUGGGGAGACAGUGAGGCUAGACUGUCAGGCCGAGGGUAUCCCCACCCCUACUGUCACAUGGAGUAUAAACGGAGAGCCUGUCGCAGAGGUAGACAUUGACCCCAGGCGGCGGGUGACCGGAGGGGUGUUGGUCCUAAAAGAUGUAGUGUUUGGUGAUACGGCGGUGUACCAGUGUGAAGCCACCAACAAACACGGAAAUAUCCUCAAAAAUACUUACAUCUAUGUCAUUGAGCUGCCAGCUCAGAUCCUGUCCUCUGAUGGGGUGGUAUAUCAAGUUACGGAGGGGGGCGUGGCCAGACUGCAUUGUGAGGCCUUCGGGUCACCCCGUCCACAGGUCACAUGGGAGAGUGAGGAUCUCCAGAUCUCCUUGCUGUCGGACAGUCGUGUGUCUCAGCUGACCAAUGGGACGUUAGAGCUGUUUAAUAGUAGUAGGGAGGACAGUGGAGUCUACACCUGCUCCAUUACACACAACACCACCUCCAUCACCGCUCACCUGGAGGUCCUCAAACGUACGGUGAUGCUGAUCGGUCCUCAGGCUGUACAGGUUACGAGGGGAGGAGACUCCUGGUUGGACUGUCAUUUCACCUUUGACCCCCAUCUGAACCGACCCCAAAUCCUCUGGAGGAAAGACGGACAGAAGAUCAUGGAGUCAUCACUGGGAGACAAGUACACUCUACUGGGGAAUGGAACCCUCAGAGUGACAGAUGUUCAAUCAGCAGACGAAGGGCUUUACUCCUGUGAGGUCAUCACAGAUCUGGACAGCGUAUUGGCCAGUGGCUCCAUCACCGUAGUGGCCUGUCCCAGCCCUCCAGUGUUUCUGUCUCUGUCUGAAGAGCAGGACCACAACCUGACUCUCAGCUGGACACCUGGAAACACACACAACUCCCCCACUACAGAGUUUGUGGUGGAGGUAAAGGAGGAGAAACAUCCUGAGGGGAAGUGGGAGUCACACCGUGUGACUGGGGAUGUCAAUCAUCUGGAGUUACACCUCCUCCCGUACUCCACCUACCGCUUCCGGGUCAGCGGGGUCAACAGACUGGGGAGGAGCGACCCGUCAGAAAUCUCUGAGGCCUACAGCACCCUACCCACAGUUCCUGAAAGUUACCCUCUAAAUGUGCGUAGUGAGUCUACAGAACCAGGAACACUGGUCAUCAUGUGGGAGGAGAUUGACCGUCGUUUGUACAACGGGUCGGGGUUCCAGUAUAAGGUGUCAUGGCGACAGGUUCAGGAGCAUCACUGGAGCCAUACCCAUGUUCCACAUCCUCCCUACCUGGUGAACGGAACCAGAGCGUUCUCUAGUUAUGAGAUGAAGGUCCAGGCUGUCAACUCUCUGGGAGAGGGGCCGCAUCCUGUUCCCGUUAUAGGACACUCUGGAGAGGACUACCCGCUGGCCUCUCCAUCUAAAAUCAGUGUGUCUGUAGAUAACAGCUCAGCCAUUGUAAGGUGGCAGCCGGUUGACACACACACGGUCCAGGGUCACCUGCUGGGUUAUAAGAUAUAUCUGAAGAGGUUGGGUUCCCAGGGAGGAAGAGAGCAUAGAGUGAUGGUACGCAGAGAGGUGAGAGAGAUUAAGGGAGGAGUGGAGCGAGGAACGGAGAGAAAGGAAGAGAGGUGGGUUGUGGAGGUGGACGGCAACAAGACAAAAGAUGUGGUGACGGGGCUCAAACUCUAUUCCCUGUACGAGCUGUCAAUGACAACCUUCAACAGAAAGGGGGAGGGGCCUCACUCACCGACACACCCCUUCAGGACACCGGAGGGAGUUCCUGGUCCUCCUGCCUCUCUGGAUUUUGAGAGUCCGUCGGAGACAGAGUUAACCCUUCACUGGAGGCCCCCCACUCAGACCAACGGACAGCUUGUGGGAUAUGUUCUACAGUACCAACAGAUUUCAGACAGCCGAAACAGUCCUCCUCAGGUAGAGGUGAUCUAUGACCCCACGGUGACCCACUUACCGUUGGAAGGCCUGGACCCUCAUAGCCGCUACGUCUUCUACCUGAGGGGACGCACAUCUGCCGGACAGGGACCACCAAUCACACGGGAGUGUGCCACCCUGCUGGACGGAGUACCUCCCAGUAACAUCAGUACAGUGGUAGGAGAAAGGUCAGUCAACCUGAGCUGGGUCCCUGGAGACAGAUAUAGGAACCACAGCUUCCACAUCAAAUACCUCAGCAAGACUGUUGGGGGUAAGUGGGAGGAGUCAGAACAGGUUAACACGUUGCAGGCAUUCUAUUCGCUUACGGGUCUUCAGCCUGGAACACAGUACCGCCUCCUCAUCACCCAUGGCAACUACACACACUGGGAGGACGAGAUACAGACAACCGGUCCAGAGCUACGUGGUGUGGAAGGUGAUUUUGCUACUCAAGGCUGGUUCAUAGGGCUGAUCAGUGCUGUAGUGUUGCUGUUGUUGCUGCUUCUGGUUCUCUGUUUCAUCAAGAGGAGUAAAGGGGGCAAGUACGCAGUGAAAGACAAGGAAGAGAGUCAGAUGGACUCCGAGGCUCGGCCAAUCAAAGACGAGACGUUUGGAGAGUACAGAUCUCUGGAAAGUGAUGGUGAUGAGAAGCGGUCAGUCAGUCAGCCAUCUCUGUGUGUGGAGAGUAAACUGGGGAGUGACGACUCCCUUGCCGAAUACGGAGACAGUGUCGACAUCCAGUUCAACGAGGACGGCUCUUUCAUUGGUCAAUACAGUGGCCGAGGGCCCGCCCCUACAGGAAAUGAGAGCUCUGGCCCCGCCUCCCCUGUCAAUCUAGACCCACCGCCUCCUCCGAUAGGCCCCUCGUUCUCCGGAAUACUGGACAGGACCAGUUGAAUAGAACAGACACACACACCAUCAGACCGCCUGCAUGAAGACACAUCAUUCCUGACACUACUGCCAUCAGACUGCCUGCAUGAAGACACAUCAUUCCUGACACCACUGCCUGCCUGCCUGCUAGACAUACACAAGUCCAGUACAUUCCAUGGGGGUACAGAGAAGUCAUUUACAGAUCAGCUUGCCUUCUCUACUCCACGUUUACAGGCACGGUAAUACACACAGGGUAGUACACACAUCUGGUAACACACAGUAAUACACACACUCAGAAUGCAGCAGUCACUACUCCAAAACCCUUUGACGCAGUGUACCAUAGCGCACUUCGCUUUAUCACAGGUAACAGGUUUAAUCCUCACCACUGCGUCCUUUAUCAGAAGGUCUGCUGAACCUCAAUAAAAUCUCAUAGAACACUUCAUUACUCCCUUUUUGUUGAUAAAGCAUCCAACACUUCUCUUAUAAUUUCAAAUGCAAUGCACCAAACUCGCUCACAGGGCUGGUCAACUCUUAAGGUCCCUCGUGUCUCUACCAACCAAUCAGCUUUAAGUUUCAAUGCCCCGCCCUCCCCCCAUCUUGAAUCCCCGGUGCCAAUAGGGCAGUUUAGAAUCCUGAUGAAACUCACUGACGUGUGUGAGUGUUCUUUAGAAUGCUGAUGGAACUCACUGAUGUGUGUGAGUGUUCUUUAGAAUGAUGUUGGAACUCACUGAUGUGUGUGAGUGUUCUUUAGAAUGCUGAUUGAACUCACUGAUGUGUGUGAGUGUUCUUUAGAAUCCUGAUGAAACUCACUGAUGUGUGUGAGUGUUCUUUAGAAUGUUGAUGGAACUCACUGAUGUGUGUGAGUGUUCUUUAGAAUGCUGUUGGAACUCACUGAUGUGUGUGAGUGUUCUUUAGAAUCCUGAUGAAACUCACUGAUGUGUGUGAAUGUUCUUUAGAAUGCUGAUGGAACUCACUGAUGUGUGUGAGUGUUCUUUAGAAUGCUGUUGGAACUCACUGAUGUGUGUGAGUGUUCUUUAGAAUGCUGAUGGAACUCACUGAUGUGUGUGAGUGUUCUUUAGAAUGCUGAUGGAACUCACUGAUGUGUGUGAGUGUUCUUUAGAAUGCUGAUGGAACUCACUGAUGUGUGUGAGUGUUCUUUAGAAUGAUGUUGGAACUCACUGAUGUGUGUGAGUGUUCUUUAGAAUGCUGAUUGAACUCACUGAUGUGUGUGAGUGUUCUUUAGAAUCCUGAUGAAACUCACUGAUGUGUGUGAGUGUUCUUUAGAAUGUUGAUGGAACUCACUGAUGUGUGUGAGUGUUCUUUAGAAUGCUGUUGGAACUCACUGAUGUGUGUGAGUGUUCUUUAGAAUCCUGAUGAAACUCACUGAUGUGUGUGAAUGUUCUUUAGAAUGCUGAUGGAACUCACUGAUGUGUGUGAGUGUUCUUUAGAAUGCUGUUGGAACUCACUGAUGUGUGUGAGUGUUCUUUAGAAUGCUGAUGGAACUCACUGAUGUGUGUGAGUGUUCUUUAGAAUGCUGAUGGAACUCACUGAUGUGUGUGAGUGUUCUUUAGAAUGCUGAUGGAACUCACUGAUGUGUGUGAGUGUUCUUUAGAAUGCUGUUGGAACUCACUGAUGUGUGUGAGUGUUCUUUAGAAUCCUGAUGAAACUCACUGAUGUGUGUGAAUGUUCUUUAGAAUGCUGAUGGAACUCACUGAUGUGUGUGAGUGUUCUUUAGAAUGCUGUUGGAACUCACUGAUGUGUGUGAGUGUUCUUUAGAAUGCUGAUGGAACUCACUGAUGUGUGUGAGUGUUCUUUAGAAUGCUGAUGGAACUCACUGAUGUGUGUGAGUGUUCUUUAGAAUGCUGAUGGAACUCACUGAUGUGUGUGAGUGUUCUUUAGAAUGCUGAUGGAACUCACUGAUGUGUGUGAGUGUUCUUUAGAAUCCUGAUGAAACUCACUGAUGUGUGUGAGUGUUCUUUAGAAUGUUGAUGGAACUCACUGAUGUGUGUGAGUGUUCUUUAGAAUGCUGUUGGAACUCACUGAUGUGUGUGAGUGUUCUUUAGAAUCCUGAUGAAACUCACUGAUGUGUGUGAAUGUUCUUUAGAAUGCUGAUGGAACUCACUGAUGUGUGUGAGUGUUCUUUAGAAUGCUGUUGGAACUCACUGAUGUGUGUGAGUGUUCUUUAGAAUGCUGAUGGAACUCACUGAUGUGUGUGAGUGUUCUUUAGAAUGCUGAUGGAACUCACUGAUGUGUGUGAGUGUUCUUUAGAAUGCUGAUGGAACUCACUGAUGUGUGUGAGUGUUCUUUAGAAUGAUGUUGGAACUCACUGAUGUGUGUGAGUGUUCUUUAGAAUGCUGAUUGAACUCACUGAUGUGUGUGAGUGUUCUUUAGAAUCCUGAUGAAACUCACUGAUGUGUGUGAGUGUUCUUUAGAAUGCUGAUGGAACUCACUGAUGUGUGUGAGUGUUCUUUAGAAUCCUGAUGAAACUCACUGAUGUGUGUGAAUGUUCUUUAGAAUGCUGAUGGAACUCACUGAUGUGUGUGAGUGUUCUUUAGAAUGCUGUUGGAACUCACUGAUGUGUGUGAGUGUUCUUUAGAAUGCUGAUGGAACUCACUGAUGUGUGUGAGUGUUCUUUAGAAUGCUGAUGGA